AUGGCCUUGUCCUUUACCGAAAAGCCCCCUCAGGGGAGGGUCCCCUACGCCAUCCCGCAACUGGAAGGCGAACGGAUCACGAUCCCCGGCAGCAAAGGGGCUUUUCGCAUUCUGGCUUCGUCCCAGCAGACCAAUGGUCUCAUGGCGGUCUUCCAGAGCGGCGCCGUGCUGUCCGACGCCCCGGGAUUUCACUAUCACAACCACGCGCACGAUGUCUUCUUGGUGACCAAGGGGGCCUUGAAACUAUGGAAUGGCGACCAGUGCCGGAUCAUGGGCCCGGGCGAUUUUGCAUAUGUUCCUCCAACGGUCGUCCACAACCCGGAACUGCUGGGGCCACAUACCGAGACAUACGGCGUCGUCACCCCGGGUGACUGGGUGGACUUCUUUCGAUAUGUAUCCGAGCCGUACGAUGGAAUACUUGUCCCCGAGGAUGAUAACCGUGACCUGAAAUCGCUGUUGAUUCCCAAGGUGAUGGCCGCAAAGCAGGACUUUGAUGUGGUGUUCCAACCUCACUACCAACCGCCCGCGCUCGGGGAGUGGACCAGCGAUGAAGAAAGGCUCCCCGAGGCCCCGCAACCAUACUUUUUGCGCGCCAACACCGGUCCCAAGUGGAUGCUGGGGGGAGUCAUGUCGCGGCCAUUUAUCACCACCCGCCAGAGCAGUGGCGUCUGCGCCAUUUCCAGCAUCGAAUCGUCCCAUACUUACGGUGACACCUUGCUCUCCAAAUUCAUGACCUUCCAGUCCGUGGAUCACUGCCUGUGUGUCUUGGAGGGAACGUUGACGGUCCGCCUGAAGGACGCCCCCGAAGCGACUUUCCGCGAAGGCGAGACGGUGGUGAUUCCCGCCGGCCAGGCGUUUGCCCUGGGGUUUGCUAGUCGGUACGUGCGGGUGUGGUCCUUCACCGAUGGCGAUGGCAUUGAGACCUUGAUCCAUCGGUUGGGUCAGCGAUUCGACGGCGCUGUUUUGCCCGACCAGGCGCCUGAAUGGGACACGGUGGACGUUGAGUCGGUAGCGGGGGCGUUGGAUGUGACGAUCGAAUUUGUUCUACUUGUUCUAAUCCCUACAUUAACUGGAAUGGUUUCUGCCUGGCGUGGACGAAAAAGCCAACUCAACUGCGUAUAUCAAGGGAACUACCGCCAACGCGAAAGCAGCAGAUCUGCGCGAUAUGUCGCGGAUCUAGAGCGCAAAGUCGAGGAGCUGACGGCCAGAUUGCGUAUGGCCGAGUCGGAAAUCACCUCCCAGCAAUCUCCACCGCCGCAGAAGGUCAAGGCCAGCACCGGGACGAAACCGGUACCGCAAGUGAGCAUCGAAGUGACCCCUCUGUCGCUGCCUCGCCCUGGUUCCACUCCCCGCGAGGGGCCACCAUCUAUCUACGACCACCAUGACGAAGCGGGAGAGUCGGUAGGCGAUGAGAUCAGCGAACUCAAUCACCAUACCAACGGUAUCGAGUUUCAUGGUAGCACGUCCUCCGCAGCGCUCCUCGGCCAUCUGCAGAAGGCCCGCGAACCCCAGCAACCGUUGGAGCGACGGGACGCACCUGCCGAAGAAUUGGGGUAUUCCAUCGUCUCGACGCUGCAUAACUCGAGCUUUUCGCCCUCGGGCACUGGAUCCGCCCAGCCCUUGACAUUGCGGGAACACAACUAUUACUUUGAGCAGGCUCACGCGUUUAUUAACGGCUAUUUCGAGAAUAUUCAUUUCAUUCAUCCUCUCAUUGACAAGGAGGACUUUUUGCUGCGUGCGCACGAUCUCUGGUUCAACCGGAGUCUUCAGCCUGAGCCGUGUUUUGUCGCCUUGUAUCUGAGUAUUCUGUCGUUUGGGGCAUUGGUCCGGGUCUGGGAUGAAGAGCGACUCGGGGGUCUGACCCGCUUCGAAUGGAGUAGGAAGUUGUUUCGUGAAGCUCAGAUGUAUCUCAACUACCUGCAGUUUUCGAACACUUUGGAUACGGUGCAGUGUUUGUAUCUUAUGGCCAAAAUUUGUCAGAAUGAACUCAAUCCGAACCUGGCGUACAUGUAUUUGGGUCUGGCGAUCCGGACGUGUCUGGCAGCUGGGUUCAAUCGCGAGGUGCGGAGCUCGACGGAGCAGCGCUCGGGCUGGAUAUCGAAGACCUGGUGUGAGAUGAGCUUCUCAGUGGGCCGGCCAGAUACUUUGGGCAUGGAUGAGUAUCACAACCGGGCACUUCCGGAAAGAGACGAGUCCGAGUAUGCCAUCAUCCCGUGGAUGGUGGAUUUUGCAUACAUCAUUCGCAAGGUUUCGGUGCAGAUCUACCAUUCGCGCAUAACACUACAGGAGAAGCUUCAUCUUGCUCUGCAGAUUGAAACCGAGUUGGACCGAUGGAUGGCGAGACUACCGGACCGGAUCAAACCAGACGUUCUCCAGCGAUCCACAACCGGGGCAUUGAGGGAUCCAAAAUGGGCACGCAGACAACGUCUGGUUCUCGGUAUCCGCUAUUACAACGUGAAGAUGCUCCUCUUCCGACCCUUCCUAAGCCACUUUACGCGCAAACUCCGACACACCCCCAUGGAACUCGAAGAAACCAUCGUGAAAUGCCUCGACGCCGCGAUGAAAACCAUCCAGGUCAUCUACGACAUCUACCGUAUCCACACCUUCUUCCGCUGCUGGUGGUACAACACCACCUACGUGAUGUUCGCCACAUCCACCCUCCUCCUCCCCAUGUCCAAACGCGGCAGGUGCGCCGAAACCAUUCCCCUCCGCCACUCCGUCGAAAUGGCCGUCGAGAUCCUCGAAGCCAUGGACGAAUCCGUCGUGGCCCGUAAAUCCGUCGAAAUCAUCAAACACUACCUCCGGGAAUUCCGACCCGUUGACGUGCAGACCACCCCCACGAAUAGCAGUACUAAUGACGAGACGACGAUCACCGAGUUUGCAGAUCCCAGUUCGACUCACUCGGGGUUUGAUAUUCCAGAGUGGGCCUACGGAUUCGGAUUCCCCGAUUGUUCCUUCGAAGGGAUCGCACGGCUAUUUGAUGAUUUGGGGGGUCUUCCGAUGCUAGAUGGUUGA